AUGCCCUCCCCAAGCAAGCGCAUCAUCCUCGAAAAGUCCCGCACCGUGCGCCGCCGCUACCAGCGCAGCAACAAGCGCUUCCAGUUCACCGCAUCGCAGAUCGCGCGCAUCGAGCGUGAACAAGAGCGCGAGAAACGCGCCCAGCAACUCCGCGAUAAGGAGAAGAAACGAGUCGCGAAUAAGAAGAAGAAAGCGGAGAAAGAAGCGCGCGAUAGAGAGGAACGCAGGAGAUUGGGGCGCAUGGGAUUGCCGGAUCCGAAUGCGCCCGCGCCGCCUUCGAGUCAGCCUUUAUUGUUCAAAUUUAUUAAGAAGAGGGAUGGGGAGGAGGGGGAAAGUAAUAGUGGAGGUGGGGAUACAGAAGUAGAUGAGGGAGGGGAUACGGAGGUGGAUGAGGAUCUUUUGGAGGAUUUGGAGGCGGUUGUUGAUGCUGCUGAGGCGGAUUUGGAUUUGGAUUUGGAUACUGAGGAUGAGGGGGAGGAGGGUGAGGGCGAGGAUCAUAGGGAUGAGGCUACGAGUUGCGAUCUGGGUGAGAGUGAGGAUGAACAGCAGGUUCAGGCUAAAGAGGAGGAUGAGUUCUCUGAUUGUUGUUCUAUCUUUUAUGAUGAGGAUAUCAUCAAAGAGACGGGGAAUACUACUGCGCCAGAUCAAGGUGCACCGCAGGAUAAGCCGCAGCCGGAGAACCACGCUCAGCCAGAGAACCACUCAGCUGCCGACUCAUUCCAAGAUGACACGGCACUCCUCCUCGAAGAAUUCGGUUACGAAUUCGAUAUAGACGAGGAAUUCGAACAAGCACUGGUUGCGCUGGAUGCCAUAAACAAAGCGCUUCCGACCCGAAGGCGAUCCGCCUGUCGGAUAGCGGCGCCCCUCGUCGGCUCGGGCGGUGAUAAGCUGGCGGCUCGCCUCCCCGCCACGAAACCUUCGAUCCGACGGAUUCAGCACGAGCUAGAUGCAUAUCCGAUCGAUCAUCUCCGGCAAGCAUCUCCCCUCUCAACAUUCCCACCUUUCACCUUUCACUAUCCAUUGGAGACACAUUCCAGAAGAGACACCAUGCCGACCGUCACCGUCAACAACCACCAAGUUUACUACGCCGAUACCCACCCGGACGGUGCUCCGGCCAACGGCCAGACCAUCAUCUUCAUCCACGGCCUGGGCUCGUCGCAGAACUACUACUUCCCUAUCCUCCCUUACCUGAGUAACCACCGCUGCAUCACCCUCGAUACCUACGGCUCAGCCCGGUCCACAUACACCGGCGACGCCAUCAGCAUUGCCUCCAUCGCAUCCGAUGUCGUGGGGGUCUUAGAUGCACUACAAGUGCCCAAGGCCGUGGCCGUCGGCCACUCAAUGGGCGGUCUCGUAGUAACCCUCCUGGGCGCACAGUACGGCGACCGCAUAUCAGGCGUCGUAGCUAUCGGGCCUACUCACCCGUCUGAGAAGCUCACAGAGGUGAUGACGCAGCGCAGCGAGACAGUCUCAAAGGCUGGCAUGGAACCCAUGGCAAACACCAUCCCCAAUGGAGCAACCGGCUCCCGCAGCUCCGCACUCGUGAAGUCGUUCAUUCGUGAACUGAUCAUCGGACAGAACCCCAAGGGUUACGCAGCGCUCUGCUUGGCGAUUGCUAAUGCGCCGGUGAUUGAUUACUCGAAGGUUACGGCGCCGUACUUGCUGAUUGCGGGCGAGGAGGAUAAGUCGGCGUCGAUGGAGGGGUGCGAGCAUAUUCAAGCGAGCGUGUCGAGUGCGCAGAAGAAGUUGGAGGUGUUGCGGGGAGUCGGGCAUUGGCAUUGUGUGGAGGCGCCGGAGGAGGUUGGAGGACUUAUUGGGGGGUUUGUGCAAACCCUGUAA